GCCGACCAGCGAACGGCUCGCAUUCACGUCUAGCUAACAGAAGCUCCAAGCGGUACGUUUUAACAUGCGGCUGCUUCUACUGCUCGUGGCCAGUUGGGCGGUGCUGGGCUUGACCCUGGCCGACUCGAGCUAUAACCAUUUUCGGCUGCCCACGGCGCUGCGGCCCCAGAAGUACAAUUUACGUGUCUUGACGCACUUUGAAGACCCGGACAACCUGCGUUUCGAGGGCGAUGUGAAAAUCCUGUUCAAGGUGCUGGAAAACGCAAAUAACAUCACGUUGCACGCGAAGAACUUGACGAUCGACGAGUCGCUCAUUACACUGCGCGACACAUCGAGUGCCAACAAAAAGAACUGCGUCUCCGGCACGGAGGUGAAUGCGGUCCAUGAUUUCUAUGUGAUGCGCACCUGCGAGGAGCUCGUGGCCGGAGAUGUCUACGAGCUGACCAUGCCAUUCGCCGCCGAGCUCAACCGUCAGCUGGAGGGCUACUACAGAAGCUCCUACAUUGAUCCCGUUACGAACAAGUCCCGCUGGCUGUCCAUAACACAGUUUGAGCCAGCGUCUGCGCGCUUGGCCUUCCCCUGCUUCGAUGAGCCGGAUUACAAGGCGCCUUUUGUGGUUACACUUGGCUACCACAAGCGCUUCAACGGACUGAGCAACAUGCCCGUCAAGGAGAUAAAGCCCAACGAACAAAUUGCGGAUUAUAUUUGGUGUGAGUUCGAGGAGUCGGUGCCCAUGUCCACCUACUUGGUAGCCUAUUCGGUCAAUGACUUCUCCCACAAGCCCUCCACGCUGCCGAACAGCACGCUGUUCCGCACCUGGGCCCGGCCAAACGCCAUCGAGCAGUGCGACUAUGCGGCCGAGGUGGGACCCAAGGUGCUGCAGUACUACGAGGAUCUGUUUGGCAUUAAGUUUCCGCUGCCGAAGAUCGAUCAGAUAGCCAUACCGGAUUUCAGUGCAGGGGCUAUGGAGAACUGGGGUCUGGUCACGUACAGGGAGAUCGCUCUGCUCUAUUCGGCUCAGCACUCGUCGCUGGCGGACAAGCAGCGCGUUGCCUCGAUCAUUGCCCAUGAGUUGGCCCACCAGUGGUUCGGCAAUCUGGUCACGAUGAAGUGGUGGACGGAUCUGUGGCUGAACGAGGGAUUCGCCACAUAUGUGGCCAGCUUGGGUGUGGACAAAAUCAAUCCCGAGUGGCGUUCCAUGGCACAGGAGUCGCUCAGUAAUCUGCUGGUCAUCUUCAGGAAGGACGCACUAGAGACGAGCCAUCCCAUAUCGCGACCCAUUGAGCUGGUUACUGAGAUCCAGGAGAGCUUCGACCAGAUCUCAUAUCAGAAGGGCUCCACAGUGCUGCGCAUGAUGCACAUGUUCUUGGGCGACGAGUCCUUCCGCUCGGGCAUACAAAACUAUCUGCAAAAGUUCUCCUACGGCAAUGCCGAGCAGGAUAAUCUCUGGGAAUCUCUGACAGAAGCGGCCCACAAGUUCAGGGCACUGCCCAAGAGCUACGACAUCAAGCGCAUUAUGGACUCCUGGACUCUGCAGACGGGCUAUCCCAUUAUCAACAUCACCCGCGACUACUCAGCUGGCAGUGCCAAGCUCAGCCAGGAGCGUUAUCUGCUGAACACUCAGAUCUCACGGGCACAGCGAGGCGGCUGCUGGUGGGUGCCACUCAGCUAUACCACCCAGGGGGAGCGCGACUUUACGAACACGGCGCCCAAGACCUGGAUGGAGUGCGGCAGCUCCGGCGAAGUGCUGCCCAAGACGAUUACGGGACUGCCCGGCAAGGAUCAGUGGAUCAUAUUCAAUACCCAGAUGUCGACGCUGUACAAGGUCAACUAUGACGAGCGCAACUGGAAACUCCUCAUCGACACGCUCACCAAUGGCGACUUCGAGAGCAUUCAUGUGAUCAAUCGCGCCCAGCUGAUUGACGAUGCCUUCUACCUGGCCUGGACGGGCGAGCAGAACUAUGACAUCGCCAUGGAACUGCUGGAGUAUAUGAGACGCGAGCGCGAGUAUCUGCCCUGGAAGUCGGCCUUUGAGAAUUUGAAGCGCCUUAGGGGUAUCAUCAGACAAACGCCCAAUCUGGAGUUCUUCAAGCGUUAUCUGCAAAAGCUAAUCGAGCCCGUUUAUGAGCAUCUGAAUGGCUUGAAUGACACCUUCGCCAACAUUGAGCAGCAGGACCAGGUGCUGCUCAAGACCAUGGUGGCCACUUGGGCGUGCCAGUAUCAGGUGGGCGACUGUGUGCCCAAGGCACUGAACUAUUUUACGGCCUGGCGUAGCGAGCAGGAUCCGGACAAACAGAAUCCGGUGCCCAUCAAUUUGCGGCAAACGGUCUACUGCACCGCCAUACGGCAUGGCGACGAUGGCGAUUGGAAUUUCCUGUGGAUGCGCUACAAUAACUCGAACGUGGCUGCCGAGAAGCGCACGAUUAUGUCGUCGCUGGGCUGCACGCGUGAGGUGUGGCUGCUGCAGCGCUACCUGGCACUCACCUUUGAGCCGAAGCAGGGCAUACGCAAACAGGACUCGAUGUGGGCCUUCCAGGCGGUGGCAUACAAUGAGAUUGGCUUCCAUUUGGCCCGAGAUUACUUCAUGAACAACGUGGACUUCAUCUACAAAUUCUACAGUCCCAUUGUCAAGGACAUGUCGCGGCUGUUGCCGCCCUUCUCGGAGCAGACCUUCCAGCAGAGCGAUUUCGAUGAUUUCAGGAAUUUCGUUACCGAGCACAGAAGUUCGCUGAAGGGACUGGAACAGGCCAUACAGCAAACCCUAGAGACCAUGCUCACCAAUGUCCAAUGGAAGGAACGCAACUAUGACCAGGUCUCGGUCUCCAUCAGGAGUUUACUUGACAAACCAACAGAAUAAAACAAAAACUUAAAAAAAAAGAAAACAACAUGAAAUAGAUGUGUUAUACUCCACAGAUAACGUCAAAUAAAUCAUUUCGUGCACAAGCCCUCAUCAGCUAAAAGAAUAUUAAAAUAAUUAUAUAAUACCAAAA